GCUCGGGCUCACGGCCGGAGAAAGCGCUACUGUGGCGGGUUCCGCCAUCUCUGCUGCUGCUGAAUGAUGCGGGAGGAGAGGGAUGGAGAAGUGAAUAGAAACCUGUGAGCAGGAACAGCACGUGUUUACGUCCAGAUUUCAAAACAGCAGAGAUGUCAGUGGCGAGCGCACUGCCUUUCCUGAAGCCCAUCCACAUGAGAGCUCCGAUCUCCCCCGGCCGCCAGCGCCGGCACACGCUCCCCGCCAGCGAGUUCCGCUCGCUCAACACUGAGGACGCCAUCAGUGUAUUCGAAAUAGAGAGAGAGGCUUUUAUAUCUGUGUCUGGGGAAUGUCCUCUUCAUCUGGAUGAGGUCCGGCACUUCCUCACCCUCUGUCCUGAGCUUUCUUUGGGCUGGUUUGAACAGGGGAGGCUUGUCGCUUUUAUCAUUGGAUCUCUCUGGGACCAGGACCGUCUUACCACUGAUGCAUUGACCCUUCAUAAGCCUCAUGGGACUACUGUCCACAUCCAUGUGCUGGCAGUCCACCGGACCUUCCGCCAGCAGGGAAAAGGAUCUAUCCUGCUGUGGCGUUACCUGCAGUAUCUGCGCUGUCUACCAUAUGUCCGCCGUGCUGUGCUCAUGUGUGAGGACUUCUUGGUGCCUUUCUACCAGAAGUCUGGCUUUAAAGGGCAAGGUCCUUCUGAAAUCACCGUAGGGUCACUUACCUUCAUCGAAAUGUAUUAUCCUAUAAGGGGACAUGCAUUCAUGCGCCGUAACAGUGGCUGUUAAACGAUCGCUAGUCAUGUACACUGUAAAAACUAAAAGUUGAGCCAACUUAAAAUUUUAAGGCUACAAACUUCAGCAGAUUUUUGAGUUUUCAACUUGUUGUUUUAAGUUUAUACAACAAAAAAUUGAGAAUCUCCCACAAAAACAAGUUGAGCAAACUCAAAAAUCUG